AUGAGACCAUUGAGCAAUAUACAAAACGAGCUGCCUAAGAAACAUCCUCGCUAUGGCAAAGCUUCAAUUGAAACGGAAACAACGUAUAAUUACAACGACGAGCCUGUGGGAAAAGUAUUUACCGAUAAGAAGUUUCUGAAUCCGUUGCAUAAUCUUUUGGUCAAAAAUCGACAAACACUAUCCAGUAUUAGGAUUGAGAUCCCACGUGAGGGCUUGAGCAAUGUAAAACAACCAUGCAUCAAAAGUAAGGUUGAUUUCCCCAUUUUUGAAGAUGUACAAAAAUCCUCGGCGGCCAUUACUUCAAAGACAAUGUCGAGCGCACAGGAACAUAACUCAUCCAGCCGUAAACAUGAAGAAGCAACGGAUAAUCUUGCCUGUCAUGCAAACAACAUUCUUCGCAUGGCCAUUGAUUCAACAAUGAUGAGCUCGAUGAAUUCCAUCACAUUGCAAAACAUCAACAGCGACUCAUUUGAUGAAAAUAUCUACACGAAAGAAAGGGAAGACAACGCCACAUUUGGAAUUAAUGAAGAGGAGAUACGAGCAGCAAUCAAUGGAUAA